AUAAACAUCCUCAAGGAGCCUUCCCUUUUGGUUUACUCACCACUGGAAAAUGACAAGAUACUAAAGAAGAGUGUGUUCCUAAUCAGAAGCUAGCAAUCGAGAUGAGUUCCAGAAACUCCUUGAGUAGCCGGGAUGGCGGGAGACCCUUCUCGGCAAACCGCACCCAGCUCCCACCGAGUCGCAGAAAUGGACGACCGCACUAUCCAGAAAUUAAACAGAGAGGUUACUACUCUGAUAUUCUGAGUGGUGAUGCACAACAGCGACUUGGGAAUGUCUUAAGUGGAGCGGAAACCCAGCAAGACACAUUAUGGAAUAUAUCAAAGGAAAAGCACACACCAAAGGUUACAUCUUUCAAGGGCCCUCAAGGAGCUGAGCAAGUCACCCAGGAGCAAGGCAAACAAGUCUAUGGACCAACCAGUGAAAUACUUACUAAAUCGGACUUUCCAGAGAAGUCCUUUCUUCCCAAAGUGCAACUGCCUUACUUUGUACCGCCCGGUCACUGCCCUCGUAAAAUCGAGAUCGAACGUCGCAAACGCCACUACCAGAAUCAGAGUCUUGAAGAUCUGCUGGGGGCCGAAGGGGUCCAGACCGACGCCCUCAUGCCCAAACAGAUCACGCAAAAGAUUUCGGUCAAGUUGAACGGAAUAGACGGCGAUGAUGACCCGGCGCCGUUUCCAACAUUCCUCCCAUUGGAUAUCUUUACGGAUAUGGAGUUUGAUUGCCGGACGCCUCAGGAGUGGCUCAACAUGGGAGUCCAGAACGGCCACAGGCUGCCGGUACCGGCUAGAGCUUUACUACCAGCCUGGGAUUCUCCAGAGAAAUUGGAUCCCAAGGACCCAAGCCUAGAGUAUGAAUGGUUUGACGUUGGAAUGCUGGACUAUGACAGCGAGACACAGCUCUAUCUGGUGCAGAAAACAGAUCUGAACAACAGGAUAUUAGAUGGGGAAGGGAAGGCGGUGAUCAACGGAGGCAAGAAUGCUGAUGGAACCCGCACCAUCCAACCCAACCAGUACUGGGUGCCUCGUAUUCAAGUCAUGUUCACAGCCGAGGAUCCCUUAACCUUUGCCCAAACUGUAGCGCGUGCCCACCGUGAUCGGAAACACACAGAAGCCCAUCUUAGAUAUAACCUCUACGUCGACUGUAUGCCGAUGGAAGGCCUUGUUGAGCUGGACCCAGAGAGCCUUAAGAGGAUGGUAGAUUGGGCCAAGGGGGCACCUUCUCUUAUAAAGGAUAAAAGUUUGGAUGACUACAUCCAUACCUUGGAGAAGGAGAUCAACAUUGACUUCAGUCGAGCCAUGAACAGAAUCACCUUUGAUUCUAUCGUUGCGGCAAAGCCAGAGAUGUUUGCUUUUGUGACUGUCCCUGACCCCGUGGAAGAGGUUGUACCUGAGAGAGGUUUCUAUUCCGACGUUCCUGAGUACCCUUUUGACGAGCAGUAUGACAACUUUGCCUUCAACUCACUGCUAACUCGAGAGGAGGCCAUCCUGGCGAUGACCAAAGUACGGACAGAGUGUAACAAGGUGUCGGGCAUGUCGCUGUUCCACGUCCCCAUGACCAAGCAUAUGAGACUAGAGGAGUUUGAGCAGACACAGGGACAGGCUAGCUCACAGGUUCAGUUGUUCCUGAAAGACAGUUGGAUUGGAACUCUGCGUGCAGCCAUCAGGACAAGCCUGCGUGAUGUCGGCAAGGGUUGGUUUAAUCUACACGAGACAAACUGGGAGGUCUACCAACGUUCCAAACUCAAGAAGUUCAUGGAGAUGGUCAAAUUCGGCAUGCAGGAUUCGUUGCGGUAUUUGGUUCAGGACUCCUUGGUUAACUUCACCCAGAUGAUCGUAGAUGCCUCCUCUACCGUCCUUCAACUCCCAGCUGACAUGGAAUGGGAAAAAGACCUCAUCAAAGUCAAAUACAGACCCAAGCGAAACUGCCUGUUUCUACUGGACCUGAUGGUUGACAAAGAAGGCUGCCACUACAGCACAAACCUCAACAACUUUGAAAAUGCUCUGGUCGGACUAUUUGAUAAAGGAAUCAGCUCUACUCAAAAUGUGCCUCAACUGGAGAAGUUUGUCCUUGAGGACAUCUUCUGGGCAGACACCCCUCUCCUGGAGUCAGUUGGUGAGCAUGAGCCCAGAGUAGAGGAGCUGAGAGACACCAUCCGCAGUGCUAUCCAGAAAGCCUUGGUACCCAUGAAGGCAUACGCCAGAGCCUAUGAGCAGUUCUUGGAACUCAUGAACCUGGAUAUUAAUGAAUAUAUUAAGGAUUAUGAUUCCAAAGAGCACACAGCCGCCGAGGUCAAGAAAGAGAUCGAGAGCCAUCUCAUCCAGAAGGAGGUUCUGGAAAACAGCAUCCCAAGCAAUUACACUAUCGGUCCGUUCUACAUCAGCACCGAGAACGUCCGUCAGGGUCUGUCUAAGAAACGCAAGGCUCUGGCCAAUGCACUGCUGGAGUUACUGGCACAGAAACUGCGCAAACAAGCUGAGGAUGCCUGCGAGGAAUUCAAAUUCAUCGCCCGCCGUCUCUACGAUCGCCCCAACUGCAUCGAGGACCUGGCUGAGCAGAAGGAAUGGAUGACGACAAUCCCAGACAAGCUGAAGGAACACCAGGAGCUGAUUGAUAAAGCCAUGACGGAUUACGAGCUGAUUGAAGAGUUCUACUACAAUCUGUCCACGGAUGACUUCAAUCUCAAGUGGAAUGCCAUCGGAUGGCCACACAAGAUUGAACUCCAGAUGGAGGCGACACUGGCUCAACUUGAAGAGGACCAAGAACGCUUCGCUAAGAUCCAAGUCACUGAUCAGAAUAACUUCACUGACAAACUUGACACGUUACAGAUGGUCGUUGCAGGCUUCGCUGCCCAUACAGACAUCAAUAAGGCCCAUGAGGUGGCCAACGAGGUCCGUAGAGUCAACAAACAGAUGAAGGAAUGCCAGCAGCUAGCUGCCAUGUACAACAACAGAGAGAGGCUCUUUGAAUUGCCGAUCACAAAUUACGACAAACUGAGCAAGCUUGUCCGAGACUUUGAGCCCUUCAAGAACUUAUGGAUCACCACCUCUGAUUGGUUGAAAUGGCACGAGAGCUGGAUGACUGAUCCACUCACAACCAUCGAUGCAGAACAGUGUGAGAAACAAGUCAACGAGGCGUUCAAGACCAUGCACAAGUGCGUCAAAAUCUUCAAAGACAUCCCAGGUGUACAGCUUGUUGCUCAGGAGAUCCGUCGCUGGGUCGAGGAUUUCCGUCCGUACAUCCCCCUGAUCCAGGGCCUGCGUAACCCUGGUAUGCGAAGCCGUCAUUGGGACGCUCUCUCUAAGGAGCUUGGCUUCACGGUCGUCCCUAAGGCGUCUUUAACGUUCAGUAAAUGCCUGGAGAUGAAACUUCAAGACCAUAUCGAGAAGAUUGCCAAGGUUGCUGAGGUCGCUGGAAAAGAAUAUUCAAUCGAGCAGGCUCUGGACAAGAUGGAAGGAGAAUGGAAGCCCGUAGUGUUUGAGAUCAUUGCGUACAAAGACACAGGGACGUACAUCAUGAAAGGAUCGGACGAGUGCACUCAGCUUCUGGACGACCACAUCGUGAUGACUCAGAGUAUGUCCUUCUCGCCCUACAAGAAACCAUUUGAAGAGAGGAUCAGUACGUGGGAGGGCAAGCUACGCAUGACACAGGAUGUGCUUGAUGAAUGGCUGGUAUGUCAAAGGUCAUGGCUGUAUCUGGAGCCCAUCUUCAGUUCGGACGAUAUCAAUAGGCAGCUUCCAGUGGAGGGAAAGCGGUACCAGACUAUGGACAGGAUGUGGCGACGCAUCAUGAAGAACGCCAAGGAUAAUCCACAGGUCAUCUCCUUGUGUCCCGACGCCCGCCUCCUAGAGAACCUGAAGGAGUGCAACAAGCUCCUGGAUCAGGUCCAGAAGGGUCUGAGCGAGUACCUGGAGACUAAGAGAGCCUCCUUCCCACGAUUCUACUUCCUCUCAGACGACGAACUCCUAGAAAUCCUGUCGCAGACUAAAGAUCCAACGGCCGUACAGCCUCAUCUGAGAAAAUGCUUUGAGAAUGUCGCCAAGCUGCACUUUGAAGACGACCUUCUCAUCACCAAGAUGUUCUCGGCUGAGGGUGAGAUGGUGCCCCUGUCCGAGCCCCUCUACCCUAAGGGCAACGUGGAGGAUUGGCUCUUGGAGGUUGAACGAGUCAUGAUGGACAGCAUCAGGAAGAUCCUUGGGCAGUCUCUGCUCUCUUAUCCGGAGACCCCGCGUACUGAGUGGGUACUCCAGUGGCCCGGCCAGGUGGUCAUCGCCGGCUGUCAAACAUUCUGGACAACGAGAGUAGAGGAAGCCAUUCAAGAGGAUCGGCUGGUGGCAUUCCUGGAAGUUCUCAAGCAACAGAUUGCUGACCUGGUCAACCUGGUCCGAGGCAACCUAGGUAAGAUCAGCCGUAUGAUCCUCUCCGCUCUGAUUGUCAUUGAGGUCCACGCUCAGGAUGUGGUCGCCAAGAUGUGCGAGGAGAAUGUGGCUAACAUCAACGACUUUGAGUGGAUUAGUCAACUCAGGUACUAUUUUGUGGAGAAGAAUCUCUUUGUCCGUGCCGUCAAUGCCGAGUUCCCGUAUGGGUAUGAGUACCUGGGAAACUCAGGAAGACUCGUCAUCACUCCGCUGACUGAUCGUUGUUAUCUCACACUCACUGGUGCACUGCAUUUGAAGUUUGGUGGUGCACCGGCCGGCCCUGCAGGCACUGGCAAAACAGAGACAACCAAGGAUUUGGGGAAAGCCCUCGCAAUUCAGACAGUGGUCUUCAACUGCUCAGACCAGCUUGACUUCAUGGCUAUGGGGAAAUUCCUCAAGGGUCUAGCAAGCUCUGGUGCCUGGGCGUGCUUUGACGAGUUCAACCGUAUCGAUAUUGAAGUGUUGUCUGUGGUAGCGCAGCAGAUUAGUACAAUCCAGAAGGCCCAGCAACAGAAAGUUGACAGAUUCAUGUUUGAAGGUGUUGAGAUAUCUCUGAGAUUAUCAUGUGCUGUGUUCAUCACUAUGAAUCCAGGUUACGCUGGCAGAACGGAACUGCCUGAUAACCUCAAGGCUCUUUUCCGCCCAGUCGCUAUGAUGGUGCCAGACUACGCCAUGAUCGCUGAGAUCUCACUCUACUCCUUCGGUUUCAGCGAGGCCAAGAUCCUCUCCAAGAAGAUCGUAACGACCUUCAAAUUGUCCUCGGAGCAGCUUAGUUCCCAGGACCAUUAUGACUUUGGUAUGAGGGCUGUCAAGACGGUCAUCUCGGCUGCCGGAAACCUUAAACGAGAAAACCCCGAGAUGAGUGAGGAACUGAUCGUACUGCGGGCGAUCCGAGACGUCAACGUGCCCAAGUUCCUUCAGGAUGAUCUGAAACUCUUCAAUGGUAUCGUCUCCGAUCUCUUCCCAAAGAUCAAGGAGGAGCCGAUAGAUUAUGGUAACCUAGAGAAGUCAGUUCGUGAAAUGUGCGGUAAACUAUUUCUGAAAGACGUGGAUGGUUUCAUCGGUAAAUGUAUCCAGCUCUAUGAGACCACUGUAGUUAGGCACGGCUUGAUGAUUGUGGGACCAGCUGGAUCUGGAAAAACUAUGUGCUACGAGGUACUGAAGAGAGCCUUAUCAUCUCUGAAGGGAGAGGAAGCAGUAGGAGGAGGUACCUAUGAGAACAUCAUCACCUACAUCUUAAAUCCUAAGUCGAUUACUAUGGGCCAGCUAUAUGGAGAGUUUGAUCUACUCACUCAUGAAUGGACGGACGGUAUCUUAUCCUCGCUGAUUCGUAUCGGCUCAUCAUCUCAAGAUGAGGAGAAUCGUUGGUACAUCUUCGACGGUCCCGUGGAUGCGGUGUGGAUCGAGAACAUGAACACCGUGCUGGAUGAUAACAAGAAGUUGUGUCUCAGCAGUGGAGAGAUCAUCAAGCUGACAGAGUUCAUGAGGAUGAUCUUUGAGGUAGCUGACCUGGCCGUAGCUUCCCCAGCUACCGUCAGCCGUUGUGGUAUGGUGUACCUAGAGCCUAGUAUCCUUGGAUUGGAACCGUUUGUCACCUGUUGGCUCAAACGAAUCCCUGAGAAUAUCUAUCCAUACAAGGAGCAGCUGCAGUCGCUCUUCGAUCGUUUCUUAGAGGAAUCAAUUGAAUUUAUCCGGGAUAACUGUAAGGAGAUUGUGGUUACUAUGGACAGCAAUCUCACCCUCAGCAUGAUGAAACUCCUCGACUGCUUCUUCACUCCGUUCAUCCCUCAAGAGGGUGAGCCUCCAAUUUCAGAAGAGAGAUUGGAGCGAGUAGCGGAGCUGAUCGAGCCUUGGUUCAUCUUUGCUCUCAUCUGGGCAGUUGGAGGGACGGUGGACAUCGAUGGACGACGUAAAUUCAGCACCUUCCUCAGGGAGAAGAUGAAGAAGGAAAAUAUUGCAUUGCAAUUCCCGACUGACAACCUGGUGUACGACUAUAAACUGGACGAUGGUGGCGUCAGCAAACGGCCGUCUAAAGAUGACGAAGAAGAAGAGGACAGUGGAAAGAAGAAAGAGGCGCUGCAGAGCUCUGGUUCAAACACCAACACCAAGGCAUCAGUUGAGGUUUUCACAGAGGUCCGAUGGCUAGACUGGAUGUACGGAUUGAGCGAGUGUAAAAUCACUCCUGAGAUGCGUUACUCGGACAUCAUCGUACCCACUGCGGACACUGUCCGUGGAUCACACCUCAUUGAGAUGUUACUCCUCAAUAAGAAGCGGGUUUUGACUGUUGGUAACACCGGAACAGGAAAGACUCUAACUAUCUCGGAUAAACUGAUCAAGAGUAUGCCAAAGGAUUAUAUCUCUAACUUCAUCAGCUUCUCAGCUCGGACCAGCGCCAACCAAACCCAGGACCUCAUCGACAGUAAACUGGACAAAAGACGUAAAGGUGUAUUUGGUCCUCCUCUUGGCAAAUACUUUAUCUUGUUCAUUGACGAUCUGAACAUGCCUGGGUUGGAGGUGUAUGGUGCCCAACCUCCCAUUGAGCUUAUUAGGCAGUGGAUGGAUCACAAGGGUUGGUACGACAGGAAACAGAUCGGUGCUUUCCGUGAGCUUGUAGACAUCAACUUCCUGUGUGCAAUGGGACCUCCAGGUGGUGGACGUAACCCAGUCACAUCUAGACUCAUGAGACAUUUCAACGUGUUGUCAUUCUGCGAGAUGGAACACACCAGCAAGUUCCGCAUCUUUGGAACGAUCCUGAGUAGUUGGCUCGCUCAAAACCCUCCCAUUCAGGAGUACUGCGCUAAAAUCGUUAACACUACCAUUGAUGUAUACGAGACCAUCACUACUCAGCUCCUACCUACUCCAGCCAAGAGUCACUACACCUUCAACCUCCGUGACCUCUCCAAGAUCUUCCAAGGCAUCCUGAUGGGAAACGGCAACAAGAUAGAGGACGUUAACGGCCUCCUUCGUCUCUGGUACCACGAGAGCUGUCGUAUCUUCCAGGACCGUCUCGUCAACGCCGAGGACAGGGAGUGGUUUGAGGAGCUCAUGCGAGGCAAGAUGAAAUCGGAGUUUGGCGCCAAGCCAGAGGAAGUCCUCCCCAAUGAUACCAUCUUAUACGGUGACUUCAUGGUUGCAAACGUUGAUAACAAGCAGUAUGCAUUCAUUGAGGAUCACUCAAAGAUGGUCCAAGUGAUGACGGAGUACCUCGAUGACUUCAACCAGGUCAACACAGCCCAGAUGAAGCUGGUUCUCUUCAUGGAUGCAACCAAGCAUGUGUGUCGCAUCAGUCGUAUCAUUAGGCAGCCUCUAGGGAAUGCACUGCUGCUUGGUGUCGGGGGUAGCGGACGUCAGAGUCUCACAAGAUUGGCAGCUCACAUGGCUGAGUACGACCUAUUCCAGAUCGAGUUGUCCAAGAACUACGGUGUGAAUGAGUGGAGAGAGGACUUGAAGAAAGUCAUGUUAGCAGCCGGGCUGGAGGGAAAGCCUACAGUCUUCUUGUUCUGUGAUACACAGAUUAAAGCCGAAUCUUUCCUUGAAGACAUCAAUAACAUUUUGAAUUCCGGAGACGUCCCAAACAUCUACGGGUUUGACGAGCUAGAUACAAUCUACAACGCCAUGAAGCCGAUAGUUCUAGAUGCUGGACUGCAGGCAACAAAGGCUAACCUGUUCUCAGCUUACACAAAGCAGGUUAAGCAGAACACGCAUACAGUAUUGUGCAUGAGUCCGAUUGGUGAAGUUUUCCGAGCCCGCCUGAGACAGUUUCCAUCCUUAGUCAACUGCUGCACCAUAGACUGGUUCAGUGAGUGGCCGAAUGAAGCCCUGUGCUCCGUCGCUGAGAGCUUCCUAAAUGAUAUACCGGAUCUAGAUGAAGGAGAAGAAAUCAUCACCGGACUGGUCAAUAUGUGCGUGACCCUCCAUCAAUCCGUAGCCGCCAAAUCCACCCUGUUCCUAGCGGAACUGUCUCGUCACAACUACGUCACCCCUACCAGCUACCUGGAGCUUCUAGGCAUCUUCUCUAAGCUACUCACACUCAAGAAGAUGGAGCUUAAGACGGCCAAGAACAGGACCAAGACAGGUCUGGAUAAGCUCCUGGCAACUGCUGAUGAUGUUGCACGGAUGCAGGAAGAGUUAGAGACGAUGCAACCCAUGCUGGAAGAGGCGUCCAGGGAGACGGUGGUCACUAUGGAGAAGAUCUCCAAGGAUACGAUUGUAGCCAAUGAAACCAAAGAGAUAGUACAGAAGGAGGAGCAACAGGCUGUGGCCAAGGCUAGAGAGACUAAAGAGAUUGCUGACAGCGCUCAGCGAGACUUGAACGAGGCUCUGCCAGCAUUGGAUGCUGCCCUCGCUAGUUUGAAAUCGCUCAACAGGAAUGAUGUAGUGGAGGUACGUGCUAUGCAGCGUCCCCCGGCCGGUGUACGCAUGACAAUUGAAGCUGUCUGUAUCAUGCGUAACGUCAAACCCAAGAAAGUGGCCGGUGACCAACCAGGCAAGAAGGUUGACGACUACUGGGAGCCAGGCAAAGCUCUACUGCAGGAUCCCGGCAAAUUCUUAGAGAGUUUGUUUACGUUCGAUAAGGACAACAUUCCCGAUUCUGUCAUUGUGAAGAUUCAGCCGUUCAUAGACAAUGAAGAGUUCCAGCCAGCAGCCAUUGCAAAGGCUUCUAAAGCCUGUACCUCAAUCUGCCAAUGGUGUCGAGCCAUGCACAAGUACCACUUUGUCGCCAAAGGGGUGGCCCCUAAAAGAGAACGUUUACGCAUCGCCACCGAAGACUUGGCGGAGACACAACGCCAGCUGGACGAAGCAAAGGCCAAGCUACGCGAGGUCGAGGAAGGUAUCGCAACCCUCCAGGCCAAGUACGAGGACUGCGUAGCCAAGAAGGAAGAACUCGAGCACAAGUGCGCCCUCUGUGAGGCCCGACUGGAGAGGGCAGAUAAGCUGAUCGGCGGUCUGGCCGACGAAAAGGGACGCUGGCAGGAGUCCGUGGACAGACUGGAGUCGGUUAUUAAGAGCAUUGUGGGUGACGUGCUGGUGUCGGCUGGAUAUGUCGCGUAUCUUGGACCAUUUACCGGUGAAUACCGUGCGUCCUUAUCCGAGGAAUGGGUCAAGAAAUUCCCGGAGUUGAAUGUUCCUCACACCGCCGAUCCCUCCUUCAUCAAUGCCUUUGGAGACCCGGUAAAGAUCCGCUCCUGGCAGAUCGCUGGUCUACCUAGGGACAACCUGAGUAUUGAGAACGGUGUGAUCGUCCAGUUCUCACAACGCUGGCCGCUCUUCAUUGACCCUCAGGGACAAGCUAACAAGUGGAUCAAAACAUUUGAAAAAGACAAUGGUCUUGACGUUGUGAAACUGACAGAUCGUGACUUCCUACGUAGCUUGGAGAAUGCUGUCCGAUUCGGAAAACCUUGUCUGCUGGAGAAUGUUGCUGAGGAGCUUGACCCCGCACUGGAACCAAUUCUUCUCAGACAGACCUUUAAGCAGCAAGGCAGCACUGUCAUCAAGCUUGGUGACGCCAUCAUCCCAUACCAUGAAGACUUCAAGUUCUACAUCACUACCAAGCUUCCCAACCCUCACUACACUCCAGAGGUCUCCACUAAGGUCACACUGGUCAACUUCACCCUGUCGCCAAGUGGUCUUGAGGACCAGCUCUUGGCCCGCGUCGUGGCAGAGGAGAGACCCGACUUGGAGGAAGCCAAGAACCAACUGAUCAUCAGCAAUGCUAAGAUGAAGCAAGAACUGAAGGAGAUUGAAGACAAGAUCCUUGAAAGGCUGAGCGCUUCGGAAGGGAACCCCGUGGAUGACGUCGAUCUCAUCAAGACACUGGAGGCAUCUAAGAUAAAAGCUCAUGAAAUCCAGGCCAAAGUCAUCGUCGCUGAAAAGACUGAGCGUGAGAUUGAUGAGACUCGAUCUCAGUACAUCCCCGUAGCUGUUCGUACUCAGCUGUUAUUCUUCUGCACUACAGACCUGGCCAAUGUGGAUCCAAUGUACCAAUACUCACUGGAGUGGUUCGUCAGGAUUUUCCUGGCCGGGAUAGCAAACUCGGAGCGUGCGGAUAAUCUACCUCAGAGAAUCAUCAACAUCAAUGAGUACUUCACCUACAGUCUCUACAGCAACGUGUGCCGUAGUUUGUUUGAGAAACACAAGCUCAUGUUUGCCUUCUUGCUGUGUGUACGCAUCAUGCAGAACGACGGCAAGAUUGACAUGGAGGAAUGGCGCUUCCUGCUUUCAGGUGGUACAUCUAUACCCAAAGAGCUGAUCAACCCAGCACCAAAGUGGCUAUCUGAGAGAGCUUGGAAAGAAAUACUGUCGCUGGCAGCACUGCCCAAGUUUUCAGUAUUUGCUGAGAAGUUCUCCGGUCACAUCGACGGCUUCCAGAGAAUCUUUGACAGCAUCGAGCCCCAUCGAGAAGACCUCCCCGGUGAAUGGAAGACGGAGCUUGAUGACUUCCAGAAACUUCUUGUCCUGAAGUGUAUCCGAGCGGAUAAAGUCACUAAUGCUAUGCAGGACUUUGUUUCUAACCAUCUGGGCCAGCGUUUCAUCGAGCCUCAGACAGCAGACCUUGCCAUCGCCUACAAGGAAUCCUCUCCAACCACUCCUUUAGUCUUUGUCCUCUCAACGGGUACUGACCCUGCCGCUGAUCUCUAUAAAUUUGCAGAAGAGAUGAGAUUCUCCAAGAAGUUGUCGUCGAUAUCACUCGGACAGGGCCAGGGUCCUCGUGCUGAAGCCAUGAUGAGGAGUGCCAUGGAUCGAGGAAAGUGGGUCUUCUUCCAGAAUUGUCAUCUGUCUCCGAGCUGGAUGCCCUCGCUGGAGAGACUUAUUGAGAACAUCGAUCCUGAUAAGGUCCAUCGUGAUUUCCGUCUGUGGCUGACCAGUAUGCCAAGUCCAAAGUUCCCCGUUGCUAUCCUUCAGAAUAGUUCCAAGAUGACCAUCGAGCCUCCUAAAGGUAUCAAGGCUAACCUCAUGCAAUCCUACACCAGCCUUAGCGAUGAGUUUCUCAACUCAUGCACAGGGAAGGUCCAUGAGUUUAAGAGUCUGAUGCUCUCUCUAACCCUGUUCCACGCCUCGGUGGUCGAGAGACGUAAGUUUGGCCCUCUAGGGUUCAAUAUCCCGUACGAGUUCACGACGGGAGAUCUACGUAUCUGCAUCAGUCAGCUCAAAAUGUUCCUGAUGGAAUACGAAGAGAUACCUUUCAAGGUUUUAACGUACACGGCAGGUCACAUCAACUACGGUGGCCGCGUAACGGACGACCGUGACCGACGCUGCAUCAUGAAUAUCUUGAAUGAUUUCUACAGCGAGGUCGUACUACAGGAGGAGUACAGCUACUCUGUCUCUGCCAUCUACAGGCAGAUCCCUACUGCUAUGGACCACAAUGGAUACAUGUCCUACAUCAAGAGCCUACCCAUCAACGACACGCCAGAAAUAUUUGGUCUUCACGACAACGCUAACAUCACCUUUGCCCAGAAUGAGACCUUCACUCUCCUGUCUAGCAUCCUGCUCCUACAGCCAAAGACAGCCACGGGAGCCGGCCGAUCCAGGGAAGAGGUGAUUGAAGAAUCAGCCAAGAACAUUCUGGAGCAUGUUCCGAAGCCCAUCGAUAUCGCCAUGGUGACUAAGAAACACCCUGUGAUGUACGAAGAGUCCAUGAAUACUGUUCUCAUCCAAGAGGUCGUAAGAUACAAUCGUCUAUUGGAGGUGAUUCAUCGGACUCUGCAGGAGCUCCUCAAAGCCCUUAAGGGUCUGGUGGUUCUCUCACAGGAACUGGAAACUAUGUCUAAUAGUAUGUACAUCAACAUGGUGCCUGAACUAUGGGCUGCAAAGGCCUACCCAUCUCUGAAGCCACUGUCCUCCUGGGUGACAGACCUGGUAGCCAGGAUCCACUUCCUUCAAGACUGGAUCGAUAACGGAAUCCCCACAGUCUACUGGAUCUCGGGAUUCUUCUUCCCUCAAGCUUUCUUGACUGGUACCCUGCAGAACUACGCCCGACGUGCUAUCAUCUCUAUCGACACUAUCGUCUUUGAUUUCAAGGUAUUAAAACAGACAGCAGAAAAUCUGAAGGAAAAACCGGAAAACGGCUGCUACAUCCGAGGGUUGUUUGUUGAAGGAGCGAGAUGGAGCUUUGAGGAACACAUGCUGGCCGAGUCCAGACCCAAGGAGUUAUACACUGACAUGCCGCCCAUGCAGCUCAUUCCAGCAGCCAAUCGUAAACAACCAGAAGAAGGGAUUUACCUCUGUCCUGUGUACAAGACGCUAACAAGAGCAGGUGCCCUUUCUACAACCGGUCAUUCCACCAACUACGUGUUACCAGUUGAAGUACCAUCAGACAAACCACAGUUCCAUUGGAUCAAACGAGGUGUUGCUCUUAUCUGCGCUCUGGAUUAUUAAAAGAACACCAACUACAAGUUCAGAAAUAAAAGCAUCGAGUAGACUAGCCAAUGGGCUUACAGCGCUUCAACCCUCCAAAGACAUAACAAUGACAACCAUGGUGUGGGAUAUAUACAGGCCUGAUAUUACCAAGAGGACCUGGCUGCCGUGCCCCUGGUCUUGGCCUUGGUGCCCUUUCAAAAGUUUUCCAAUAGACUUUGGGAUUUUCCAAUGGAAGUGCCCAUUGUAAAAUGAAAAUGGCCUUGCCCUCUUAAAUUUCCAGGCCUGUGUAUACACACAACCCUCCCACUUUGCUUCCCUCUAUUAUACUAAAGAUUAUUAAAAUAAAUUUAUUAAAUUCAUUAAAUAUCCGCCCAAAUUUUCACAAUUUUUCUAUUACAGAUUUUCCUACAAAUGGUCUUUUAAGUUCUUCCAAAAUGUGCCUUAUUUAUGUCAAAUUUUAAUUAUUGGUUUAUGAAUUAUCAUCCGUCCAGUUUGAAAUGUAUAUCCGUCCAAUAAAAAAUGUAUUUUGAAAUGAACUUUGUUUAUACAAACUUUGAUUUUACUUCCAGGAGUUGUUUGUUACGAUACACAUUUUUUUGAUAAAUCAACAAAUAUAAUAUUUAAAAUUUUAGAAGUGAGGUUGUUUGGGAAAAUGUUUCAUAUCUGCAUUGUAUACAUUCGUUUUCAAAACUUGUUUAUCUGCACAACUGUAAAUAAUGAGUUUUUAUUCGUUGAUGGAUUCUAUCGCAACAUUUGGACAAAUGUUUUCAUGAUAUGUAUUUGUAUAUUUUUCUGUAAAUAUCCUUGUAUUUGAUGACUUCUUCAGAGGUGACUGUGUGGAAAUGCAAUCCAGGGAGAUUUGCUAAAAGUAAUGGGAACGUCGAGGUGGACUUUAAUUGAAAGUAAAUAAAAAUGGGAAACAAAAUUAAACAUUCCAUGGUACGAUGACAAUCCUCCCAAUUGUGAUGAAUUCUGUUGAACCUUCCGUCCAGUUAUUUAUAUUUUGUUUAUAUUUUGUAUCUUAAAUUUAUAAUAUAUAUGUUUCUCAAAAUGAUCAAACAAAAGUUUUUGAACCCAUGUCUCAAAUAGGACUCUAUUUGUCAUCAGAAAAGUGUCACAAACAAAAUAUUAUGUAAAUCCCUUAAUAUCAGUGGCUCGCUGAAUGACAGUUAAAACAUUGUACGACUAGUAACAUUUUCUUCCAAGUGGUCUGGCAGGCUUCAGUUCAGUGUUGAAAGGAUCCAUAUUUAAAAUGAAGUAUGGUGACAAAAUGGUGUCUCCUUGAACUAUCAGAAAUGGCAGCACUGUAGCCAGUAAUUUGAACAUGGUCACACACUAAACAGAGACUCAAGAAAUCAAAAGACUCAAGAAAUCAAAAGACUUGUAAGGCUCAAGUAAUCGUUGAGUUAAAUUUCUAGUUGUAUUUAUUUUUAAUUUUUGUUGAGAUUGGCAUGCAUGAAGUGAAUGUUGCGUUAAAUUAAUAUACACACUUUUUUUUUCUCAGAAACUAUCAAACAUUAAUGGUCCAUCUUCAACUGCCAAUUUGCAUUGAAAAGCUUUGUAUUUUAAACUCAGAACCCUGAUCAAAAACUGCAUGGUAAACACAGCAAGAACAUUUUAGAGCGUUUUUAGAUAAAAAUAAUACUGCUUCGUCCUCUGGCAUUAUAUGAAUCUUUUGUUUUUAUACAAUUAUAAAUAAAUCUACUGCCUGUAUUAAUUCCUUGAUAAUUGAAGUUAUAUUUGACUUGAAAUAAAUUGUUUAUUUUGUUUGAAGAACUGUCAGAUUCAUUACAGCUUUUCUUUAAACGCUCUCUAACUUGAUUUAAGCCUGUUUCAUACUUCCUAGGAAUGCGAUUUUGGUGUCACAAAUUUGCAAUGAACAAUUCGAAAGAGUUGAGCUGCGCGAAAUGCUACCAAGCUAACAACUGAUUUCACAAUUACUAGAAUAAUUUUGUCCUCCAGAUACUGCAUCAUAAUUUUGUGCAAUUCAUAAUCAUAGACUUUUUAUCUCCUUGGGUAUGAUCAGACAGCGUACUAAGUUAGACCCGAACCGGUUUAACCUUCACGAGCAGCGUGUGUUUACGUAAUGGUUAUUGAGGUCAAUGGGUUGUCUGUAGUGAGUUAAACCGGAUGUUUGAUUUUUUAUUCUGUCCACACAGUGUUAAA